CCGAACUGGCAGCGCAUAUCAUUCGCCAUCGGCGAGCCACUACGUGCUAGUCGGGUGCGCGUUGUUGUAGCAGCUUGUUGUAUCGCAGGCACCGAGUACGAUUAAUCCUAGAGCCGUCAUGUCAAUGUCGAACAGCGAUCACGAGAAGAGGAAGCAGAUUUCGGUGCGCGGCAUCGUCGACGUCGAAAAUGUCGGCAACUUCAAAAAGACCUUCAACAGACACCUUCACUACACCCUGGUGAAGGACCGCAACGUCGCUACGAGCCGCGAUUAUUAUUUUGCCCUGGCCCACAGCGUCAAGGACAAUCUCGUGUCACGAUGGAUUCGCACUCAGCAGCACUAUUACGAGAAAGAUCCCAAGAGAGUAUAUUAUUUAUCCUUGGAGUACUAUAUGGGAAGAUCGUUGCAAAAUACAAUGAUCAAUUUAGGGAUACAAGGAGCAUGCGACGAAGCUAUGUAUCAGAUGGGUUUGGAUAUAGAAGAAUUGGAAGAACUCGAGGAAGACGCCGGACUUGGUAACGGAGGACUAGGUCGUUUAGCAGCCUGCUUUUUGGAUAGCAUGGCCACAUUAGGCCUAGCUGCUUAUGGAUACGGUAUACGUUACGAAUACGGUAUAUUCGCACAAAAGAUAAAAAACGGCGAACAACUAGAGGAGCCUGACGAUUGGCUGAGAUAUGGAAAUCCUUGGGAGAAAGCUCGACCAGAAUUUAUGCUGCCGGUCAACUUUUAUGGCCACGUGAUUGACACCCCGGAGGGCAAGAAAUGGGUGAACACGCAGGUUGUUUUUGCCAUGCCCUAUGAUAGUCCAAUCCCCGGCUACAAAAACAAUGUUGUCAAUACAUUAAGACUAUGGUCCGCAAAGUCGCCCAUAGAAUUCAAUUUGAAGUUCUUUAACGACGGUGACUACAUACAGGCUGUAAUUGAUCGUAAUUUGGCGGAAAAUAUCUCCAGAGUUCUGUAUCCUAACGAUAACUUCUUCGAGGGCAAAGAGCUCAGGUUGAAGCAGGAAUAUUUUAUGGUAGCUGCUACUCUGCAGGAUAUCAUUCGAAGAUACAAGUCUAGCAAAUUCGGCUCGAGGGAGCAUCACAGAACUGAUUUUAAAGCUUUUCCUGACAAAGUAGCUAUUCAACUCAACGACACGCAUCCCUCGCUAGCUAUCCCCGAGCUGAUGAGAAUACUCAUUGAUGUUGAAAAACUUUCUUGGGAGGAGGCGUGGGACAUUACGACACGUACAUGCGCCUAUACAAAUCACACAGUUCUUCCCGAAGCGUUGGAGAGAUGGCCUACCAAUAUGCUGGAGAGUAUUCUUCCGAGACAUUUGCAAAUCAUUUACGAGAUAAAUCAUCUGCAUCUUGAAAACGUCGCGGCUAAAUGGCCCGGCAAUAUGGAUCGCAUUCGUCGAAUGUCUCUGGUAGAAGAGGAAGGUGAGAAGAGGGUUAACAUGGCUCAUCUGUCAAUCGUCGGUAGUCAUGCCACAAACGGAGUUGCUCGUAUCCAUUCAGAAAUUCUUAAAGACGGCGUCUUCCGGGAUUUUUACGAACUGACACCGGAGAAAUUUCAAAACAAGACGAAUGGUAUCACGCCGAGAAGGUGGCUGCUGCUCUGUAAUCCAAAUUUGUCUGAUAUAAUCGAGGAAAAAAUUGGUAGCGAAUGGACAGUUCAUCUGGAGCAGUUAGAGCAAUUGAAGAAAUGGGCGAAGGAUCCGGUUUUUCAACGUAACAUUGUUAAAGUCAAACAGGAAAACAAAUUGCGAUUAGCUCAGUUGUUAGAGAAGGAGUAUGGUGUUCGAGUUAAUUCAGCAUCUAUUUUUGAUAUCCAGGUGAAACGUAUACACGAGUAUAAACGGCAACUAUUGAAUUGCUUACACGUUAUCACUUUGUAUAAUCGAAUAAAAAGGGAUCCAUCCGCUCAUUUUGUUCCGAGAACCGUGAUGAUAGGCGGUAAAGCAGCGCCAGGCUAUCAUUUGGCGAAGAAGAUCAUCAAGCUCAUUUGCAGUGUCGCUAAUGUUGUCAAUAAUGAUCCAAUCGUUGGCGAUAAGCUUAAGUUAAUCUUUCUUGAAAAUUAUCGUGUGACCUUGGCUGAGAAGAUCAUACCAGCUGCGGAUCUGAGCGAGCAAAUUUCGACCGCUGGCACUGAAGCGUCUGGCACUGGUAACAUGAAAUUUAUGUUGAAUGGCGCAUUAACCAUCGGCACUUUGGACGGAGCAAAUGUUGAGAUGGCAGAAGAAAUGGGCAAUGACAACAUCUUUAUUUUCGGCAUGACAGUGGAUGAAGUGGAGGCUCUACAAAGCAAAGGCUAUAAUGCAUACGAUUACUAUAACAAACUGCCGGAAGCCAAACAAUGUAUCGAUCAAAUCCAAGGAGGAUUCUUCAGUCCAAACAAUCCUGAUGAAUUCCGAGAUAUCGCUGAUGUAUUGCUUAAAUGGGAUAGGUUCCUACUUUUGGCUGAUUACGAGAGCUAUAUAAAUAUGCAGGAUAAUGUCAGCAAAGUCUAUCAGGAUGAGAAUAAGUGGGUAGAAAUGACUAUCCAUAACAUAGCAUCGUCGGGAAAAUUUUCAUCAGAUCGUACGAUUGCGGAGUACGCCCGCGAGAUUUGGGACGUUGAGCCAACCUGGCAGAAACUCCCAGAUCCGCAUGAUCCUCGUGAUAUUUAAGCAAAUCUCAUGACUACUCUUUCUUUCAUAAGGCGUUCCGAUACUCAUUCAUAUCUUUUCGUGACUAACAGUGUUCUUCUAUCGUUAACCAUCCAGAACAAUCACAAUUGCACAAUGCAGUAGAAAUUAUUAUAUGGAAAGAUAUCAAGAUACGUUGCGAUUAUUUCUUACAAGGUUCUAUGAAUAUUUGUUUACAAAUAUGAGGGCUUAAAUUGUCUAAAUGUGAUAUUGCCGAAGUCCUUUCAUAUUUAGCCUUUUCAUAACAAUAGAAUUAAGCAAUAUAGCACAAUGCUGCUUUAAGUGUUACUUUCUUUUCUAUGUAUAGAAUUGAAAAUAAUGAUUUUAUUAUAUGAUGCUGUAAAUUAAUGUAACAUCUGCUCAAAUUAUUAUAAGCUGACGAGUAAAAUAUUUGUGAAUUAAAAUUGGAAGUUGGAUAAACUUAGAUGACAUGGCAUGCAGUGUUAUGAUUUACUCAUGGGGAUUCUAGUUAUAAUUUUAAUUAAACGAUAUAUUGAAUUAUGUUGACAAAUUGAACUAUUAUAUAGCGAUUCUUCAUUCACGUAAUGGACGAAAAUAAGUGAAAAGGUCAAUGAAAGGAUAUAAAAAAAUUUUUCUUCUGUAACAUUUUGCGUGGGUUUGCAUGAGUAUCUAUUUCGGAUAUCAAAACGUCUAGUCUUGUUAUUGUGUUUGAUAUAUUUCCAACCGUAUGUAAUUUAUCCAAAAACAAUUGAUAAAAAUUGCUGUUUCAAACGUUUAAUAGAUUUUUAAAAAUGUUUAAUAGAUUCUUUUUUUAAUCUAGAAUAAAAAUACUUGAUGAAAACAUAGAAAUUUCAUAAAUCAUAUGAUUGUUUUAUCUUCAAUUGUUAUAAGAGAACAAGAUAUGUAUAUUCUCCAUUUUGCCAGGAAAUUAUCUGCACACUAAUUACAUCGUGGCAUAGCUCAUAAGCACUUAUAUAAUGUUUAAAUAAUAUACAUACAUAUAUUACGAAGAACAUUGUAGUUUGUUGAGAAUAAAAUCUGUGGUGAAUA